UCACGCCGUUGACAGUGACAGCCAAGAUGGUGGUGAUGUAAACAAAUCUCUGUUUGAAAAUACUAAAAAUAUCAAAUAAAAACAGCAAAAUGAACGAAUUAAGUGAAAAGUUUAUCAAUUUAGAGGUGGCCGGUGAUAUUUUCAGUGAUAUUAAGUAUUUUAUAACCGGGGAAGUACACGAAAAGAUUGAAAGUUUGUUAAAAUCUGGAGGGGCAGAACACCAAAACUACUUUUCUGACUAUGUAACCCACCUGAUAGUAGGCAACAACCCCGAGGAAAAUGACAUAGCAGAUGCCAAUGAUGUUUAUGAAAUCCCUGCUAUAACCCCUAAAUGGAUUAUUAUGUGUGCAAGCCUAAAAAGGCGCCUAGACCCUAACCCAUAUCUUUUUAUAACUGAAACCAGACUGUUUAGUGGCCAAAUUUUCUGUUUCUCUCACAUCCAAGAAGACAAGGAAGCCCUAUGGGGUCUCAUUACAUUUAAUGGAGGUGAAGUACAUUUAAAGUUAACAAAUAAGUGUACUUUUCUUGUUACUGGGGGCACUGAGGGGCCAAAAUAUGAAAAAGCUCAUAAUCUCGGCCCGGACAGGAUUAAAAUUGUCACUCCCGAUUGGGUGGUUCAGGCUGUACAAGUAAAGGCUUGGCCUGACCCCAUGCUGUUUCACCCUCAAUUAGUAAACUGGCCUAAGCCUGAAAAACCUGCCGAACCAACUACAUCAAUAACCGGUUUUGAACCAGACAGUAAUGUGCAAAAAAGUGAAGACAAAUCUGUUCCAGAUUCCACACAAGCUUUACUGGAAAAACUUAAGCAGAGGAUGCCCUGGAAUCAACCUGCUGUGUCCACUCCGUCUUCUAGCAGUGAUCCAGUGGCCCCACCAAAUGUUGUUGCUCCAAGUUUUCUCAGUAAAAUGCAGCAGCAAGGGGGAAACAACUUAAGAGAUCAACAGUUUAAAACCCCAAUGGCCCAACCCGCAAUAAGUCCUGUAGGUAAUCAGUCUCCCAAUCAUGUUCCAAGGUCAAUUAUUCACCAUACUCCCAACAGUAAUCAACAAGCUGCACCCCAAACUUCACAGCAAAACAACCCUCUAAGCAUUAACAGAUUAAUUGCUCAACAGGCAGCAAACAGACAACCCACCAGUCUACAACAAUUGAGGGGACAAUUAAACACGUCACAAAUCCAUCAGCAAUUGAUGCAACAAAGGAUUCAGACCCAGCAAAAUAUCAUACAUAGAACUCAGAAUGUAAACCAACAUCUUUUACAGCAGCAGUUGAAUCAGGGUCAGAGGCAAAUGUUGGGUCAACAACCCGGCUUAAGCAUGGAUCAAGAAAACUUAGUGAGUCAAGGUAAUGCAGUUUUUAAUCAAAAUAAUCAAGCAAAUGAGCAAAACCUUCAAAGGAAUCAACUGGAAAGAUCACCGAGUCAUAGCCAGGUGAUGAAUUCCCCCAAUCAGGUCAUGAACUCCCCUAACCAAGUUAUGAGCUCACCACAACACACUCAGAUUCUGAGCCCUCAGAUGCAUUCCCCAAUUAACCAACAAAACCAGCUAUUGCAAAAUAAUCCUUUACUCAAUCAGCAGUUGAGUCAGCAACCUGCUCAACCAAACCAGCUUUUAGGCCAGCAACAACAAAAUCAAACUCAAAUGCUGCAGCAACAACAAGCUCAAUCCAAUCAGCAACAACAGGUGCAAAAUAAGCUUCAAAAUCAACUACUCGGUCAACAAUCACCGCAGAGCCAACAAAUGAUGCAACAGCAAAGUCAGCAAAUCAUGCAGCAACAAAUGUUGCAACAAAACCAGCUGAUCCAGAACCAGCAAAUGAUGCAACAAAACCAGCAUAUUAUCCAGAACGACCAACAGAGACAAAACCAACUAAUAAACCAGCAAAAUCAGCAAAUAUUGAACCAAGGGGGACAGCAGCAGCAACAGCAGCAAUUACUAGGGCUCCCCUCGAACCAUCACUUAAGUCAACUCAGCCCUCAACAAUUACAGCAGCUGCAACAGUUAAAAAGAGAACAACAACAGCUGUUGAACCAGACCCAAAAUCAAAUGAACCAACAACAAAACCUCAAUAACUUAGGCUUGAGUCAGCAGAAUGUCGUGCAAAGUCCACAAAUGGUAACGCAAAAUCAGCAAAUAAUUAAUCAGAAUCAGCAAAUUCAUAUGGGCCAGCAGAACCAGUUGAUUCAGAAUAGAGUCUUACAGCAGCAGCAGCAACUGAACAACCAAAACCAAAGCUUCAAUCAGCAACUAAAUCAGCACAUACUAAACCAAAAACAGCAACAAAUGUUUGGACAGCAACAACAACAGCAGCAGCAGCAGCAACAACAGUUGUUGCAAAACCAACAAAAUCAGCCCCAGUUUGUCAAUCAGAACCAGUUCGAGGCCAUCCAGCAACAGAAAAUCAAUCAGAGCCAACAAAACCCCAUGAACCAGAUGAGCGUGCAGGCGCUAAAUCAGCAACUGCAACAACAAAACUUGGGCCAACAGUUGAACCAGCAACUAAUGCAACAGAACCAACAAAAUUUGAGCCAGUUGGAUCAGAAUUUGGGUAUAAUUGGGCAGCAGCAGCAGCCGCAGGGUAUUGUUUUAAAUCAGCAGCAACAACAACAACAACAACAGGGGGGAAUCGCACAGCAAAUUAGCACGGGUAUGCGUCAGCAGGUUAUUAGGGCGCCACAGUUUCAACAGCAGCAGCAGCAACAGCAGGUUUUGGUCAAUCAGGGGCAACAGCAACCAGGCGGUCCUCAAAGGGCUCAGUUGAAUCAGCAGCUUUGGGUGCAGCAGCAGCAGCUGCAACAAGGUGGACAAAUACCAGGUCAACAACAAAUAAUCCGACACCCGGUAAAUGUGGCAGUGCAGCAACAAAACCCUGGCACUGGGGCAGUUGGUCCCAGGAUCCAAUGGCCUGCCGGGCAACAGCCCCAAAGACAACUGAUCCACCUCGACGCUCACACCCAUAACCAAUUGCAAAAACUUCCGCCGGAGCAGCAGGCCCUAUUUGUCGCCAAAUUGCAGCAAAAACAGCGACAAAUCCAACUGGCCAAGCAAGUGCAACAGAGGGCAGGCGGGCACAUUUUGAUUAGGGGAAAUGUGCCCCAAGGCUUAACGCCCCAGCAGCAAGUGCAAUGGCUGCAACAGCAGGCCAAACAGCAGGGAAUAGUGCUGCCCCCCAACAUUCAACAGAGUAUCACCCAGGGUAAUGUGACUCCUCAGCAAGCUCCUGCUGCGGCAGCUGUACCCCCGCAACAUGCCCCAGGUUUGAGCCCGAUUAACCAGCCGAAUCCUGCUGCAACUCCUCAACCCCAGCAGCAACAGCAGCAGUUCGCCCCCGCUGGGGAACAAACGACUGCUCAGCAGUUACAACUGAGACAAUACAGGUUGCAACAGUUGCAGUUGCAACGCGAACAGGCUCAGAAGAACGCGUUGGCUCAACAGGGUGCAGUAACUCAGCAAGCGGUGAUUAGACCUCCGUUGGCAGGACAACCGGCCGCCGCAGAUUCGACCACUAACCCUCAAGUUCAGGUUAAUCCGAAGACCAAGACCGCUCUAGCAAACAUGCUGAGCAUUAAGCUGCAAAGCGGUGGUACCAUUGGGGCCCCCGUUAGGCCUGAGGGAAUUCCGGAACCAUCGGCGGCGGGAACUUUAAGGAUGAUGACCGCUCAACACAACGCGGCAAUCAACUCAAAACCCCAAGAAAUAAUCGCGUUGCAACAACAGCAGCAGCAGCAACAACAACAGCAACAACGCAGAGUGAUCACCGGACCCAACGGGGAAAUCCUGAAACCCGCGGGGGCGGCAACGAUGCCGCUCAUUCCGCAAGCUGAGCCGCCCAAAUUGCAAUUUAACACGAAGGCGACGGUGCCGGUGCAACACAGAGUCGGGCCAUUUUACGGUCACAAUCCCAAUUUAAAACUACCUCCGGAUCUAUUUUUGCUCGGGUGCAUUUUUGUCGUGGUCGAGGUCGAGGAGUUCCUAGACGAAAAAAUACCGGGGUGGAAGCAGAAAAUCGAAAAAUAUGGCGGUGAGGUAGAGAAGCAGUAUUGCAACAAAGUCACGCAUGUGUUAUGCGAAACCCAAAGGCACGGGGUCGUGAUGCAGGCCCUUAGGGAUAUUAAGAGGUGUGUCACUAUACGGUGGCUCAGUGACGUCAUGAAAAGGAAACAAGUGCUACCGCCCUGGACAGCCCUUCAUCUACCCCAAAUCUACCUGGACAUAACCCCCGCGUCAAAACACCUUAUUUCCGUAAGCGGUUUCGAGGGUAAUCUCCGACAAAUCGUGAGGCAAAUGAUCAAAUACACCGGCGCCAAAUGCACCAAUUAUUUUUCGAAGCAUAACACACUCCUCAUAUGUGCCAAAGCCGAAGGGAAGAAGUUCAACCACGCCAAAAAGUGGAACAUUCCGGUGGUAAACGUGCAAUGGCUGACCGACAUCAUAUUGGGAAACUUUUCGGCCCUGAACCAAAUGGAUAAUCAGAUUUAUCAAACGUAUUGUAGCCCGCCAAAUUUAAGUUUCGACCCUAAAUUGGUACCGAACGUGAUGCAUGCCUGGAAGUCUCCGAUCAACAUUUCCCAAGAGUCUUACGAGAGGGUUAAGAGGUCGGCCUCGCCAGUUGGUCUUCCGAAGGCUAAAAAGCUGAAAACCGAGCAUACAGACGAGAACGAGAAUAUUACCGAGGAGGAAGUUACUAAUCCGGAUUAUAAGAUUCUGUUUUCGCAGUUCGAGGCCGAGAGGUUAAAGGAGUUAGAGAAGAUGGUCAGAGACCUGGGCGGCAGCAUUUCCAAGGACCACAAAGACUUCACCCACCUGAUCGUCCCGAAACUGAUCAGAAGCCACAAGUUACUGUUCGCCGUGGCCAAAUCGAGCCACAUCCUGCCGGAAAAGUGGCUGGAGGACUCGCACGCGUCGAAAACCUUCCUGCCCGAGUCACAGUACGGCCUCCCCACCCAAGAGUUCAACCGGAACUUCAAUAUCACAUUCGAGAACAUAAUUUGUAAACCGGAAAAGCACAAACUGUUGGAGAACAAAUGCUUCUGGAUCACCCCGAGCGUCGCCCCGAGUAAAAAACUCGUUUGCGAAUUGAUCGAGUUGUCCGGGGGUAAAAUCGAACGGAUCAGACGUAGUAGGGCGCAAAUCGACGCAUGUUGUGCCACAAAUCCGAACUCUUACUUUAUCGUCACGGCCAAAGAGGAUUUACACCUGGUGGCCGAUUUGCUCAAGCAGAAAACGAAGGAUAAACAGAAGGUGGUGUGCAACGUGGAGCUGGUACUCAGCGCCAUCUUGAAGCAGGAAUUCGAGGUGGAUCCUUAUGCGGUGACCGUCGUAUGAUCUUUAAGGAACCGGAGAUGAGAACGGUUUAAGAGGCUGCGCGAGUUACAACAGCAGCUGCAGCUAGAUGAGAGCACCAGCGAUGAUAGCGCGGGGGAGAGCGGCGUGGAGUACGAAGAGUUUAUGGUGGGCUUUAAGUGAGAAAAAUAAAUUAAAAAUGGAUGCCAUCUUGAAGGAAAAAGUUAAAGUUAUUCACUUUUCAAUUGAACUUUAUGACUAAGAUGGGCAUUUUAAUGGUAAUUAACCACUCCGUAUUUAUGUAAAAAGUCCCUAGAAGGAAGGUUUCAUUUUUUGGUUCAAAUACUAAUAUAAAAUACUUCCUAAAUUUAUAUUCCUUGAUAUUGUGCUUUAAAGGGUCGUGUGUAUAUUUGUCAAAUAAAAAUGUAAGUAAUUAUAAGUCUAAACGUGCUUGGGCCAUUAAUUUCCAUUUAACUUGAUGUGUGUAAGGUAAUGAGUUUCACAAGUUGAAUCAUACACACCUUGUAUACUAAAUGUAUUUAUUAAGACCAAAUCUAUUAGAUUAAGUAUACAGGGUGUCUUGACUAGUUGAAUAUUCUUAUUUAGUUAUACAGGGCACUCAAAUUAUCAAACAGUUUCCUUGAUUUUGGUGUUUCUGUGUCAUUCAGAAAAACCAUUUUACGGUGUUGCAAAAUCUUUAGUGUUUUUUUUUUUGGUUUUCACUCAUGUUUAAGGGUAUAAAUCAGAUUGGCAGGACAGGCAAUUGAGCAAUAACCAAAAAAAGUGCUUAAAGGAGCAAGAGAAGUCUCCCAAAAAUGUUUUAUUAGCCCCAGACACUUGCGGAAUUAAGAAACUCAUUGAAAUGCCUGGAUAAAUAGUAAUAAAAAAUAAUAAUAAUAAUAAAUCAGUUUAUUUACAAUAAUGAAAACAUAUUACAAAAUGAUGAAUUUAUCAAUAAAUAAACAAUAAUCGCAAAAUUAAUAGUGUUCUACUUGUACAUGAUGACUUAAACUUAUGACACCUAAACCUAUACAUAAUAAUAAUAACAAACCUAGAUAAAAAUAAAGAAUAAUAUUAUUAACAAAUGUUUCUUUGACUUGGGUCGUAGCACGUACUCCUUUUGGGUCACAACACUAAUUUUUUUUUGUUUUACUAGUCCUAAAAGGAACAGACGUAUAUGUGCGAAUAUGACAGUUUUUCUUAGCAUCAGCUAGAUCCGACAAGAUUCACUAGGAACCGUGGAAACUUUGCAGUUAUGACAAAUUUCAUAAGGAAAUUUUAGCCAUUAAUUUGCAAUAUACGACUAUUGUUUCUAGUGCAAUAGGUGGAAAAUUAUAUAUCAAUCCUAAAUAUUGUAUAAACCAACUUUUGAUAAAAUUGUCAGAUACGACCUUCUUUCUUAGGACGGCAGUAUACUAAAACCGCCUUCGGUCACUCACAGGCUGUUUUUUCUAAUUUCAGGGAUUUAUUGUCAAAAUUGUACUAAAAACAAGUUUUACUAUACACUAAAAUUUUCCGAGCGUCUCCAUUUUGAAUAUAGCAAUGAUAAUUCAAAUGUUCAUGUAAACUCCACUUAAGUUUUUUUUUUAAAUAAAUUUGAAACCUUGAAAAAAUAUAACUUAAUAGACCGAUUAACUUUCGGCUUUCUUUAUACAUUUUAUAAAUCAUUCCUGUAAAAAUCAAUUUGUUUUUAUUUAAAUUCAACUAAGACAUUUUUCAAUAAACACUGAAAUAUACCAAUGGAGUUUGAAAAAGAAAGAUUCACCCUGUAAUUUAGAAAAUAAUAAACCUAUUGCAACACCGUAAAUGGAUUUAGAACGAGAAUCGAAUUUAACCCCACCCUCGUGUCUUCCGCAAGAAACCCUGUAUAUGUUCGAGGACUUUAUAUAUUAUUCUUAUUUUUUUUUUGUACUUUUUAUAGCAACCAGUUUUAUUGCGCCUAUAAAGUGAAACCUCUAAUGCAUUUUUUAUGUUUAAUGUGCUCAAAAGUCGUUCUCGGUUAUAUUAAGGCUUUACCUGUGAACCGCUUUACAACCCGUAUAAAUAUGCAUUUUUAUCACUUUUAUAAUAAUACCUAGAAAGAAAAUUGUUAUAGAUUAUUAUAUUUUAUAAAUAUUAGCCCGUCUAAUAGUUUGUAAAUAAUUAUUAAAUUUUUGACGGACAAGGGUAUACGUUUUUAUUGAAAACUAAAAAAAAAAGUUUAUGUUUUAUAUAGGCUUGUAUAUUGUGAAUAAAUAUGACGUGAAUAUUUG